ACUGUUUGGUGUGGUGACAUUGCACUAGUGCUGUUUGGUCUCCUAUUCCUAAUUGUGACCAUAUUUCUCUUCUGGCUGGCUCUCUUUCCUUGUUCCUAGUCGCUGUAACGGGCUGCUCUCUCUUUGCAGCGGCAAUUCAAUCGCUCGCGAGGUCGGGGAUGUCGAACGAUGCGGACGAAGAAGACUGCUCCCCUAGCCAGCCGCUCCUCCCUACGGCACUUCGCCGGUCGGCGUCGAACACUACCUCGCAGGUCGCCCUCGUCGGCUCCAACCUCUCCCCCAUCGAAAGCCUCGACUAUGAGAUAGCAGAGAAUGAUUUGUUCAAGCAAGACUGGCGGAGGCGGAGCAAGAUCCAGAUAGGCCAGUACAUCUUCAUGAAGUGGACGCUCUGUUUCCUCCUGGGGACUCUUGUCUGCUUGAUCGGCUUCACCGUCAACCUGUCCGUCGAGAACAUCGCGGGCAUCAAGUUCGUCGUUACCUCCAACAUGAUGUUGUACAAAAAGUAUUUGAUGGCAUUUCUGGUAUUUUCUGUAUCAAAUUUCUCGCUCACUUUGCUAUCAAGUUUAAUUACGGAAUUUAUAUCACGGGAGGCUGCUGGGUCAGGAAUACCAGAAGUAAAGGCCUACUUGAAUGGAGUGGAUGCACCAGGAAUAUUUUCCCUGAGGACCCUGGUUGUUAAGAUUGUUGGUAGCGUUCUUGCUGUGUCAUCUUCUCUUGUCAUUGGAAAGGCUGGACCCAUGGUGCAUGUUGGUGGAUGUGUUGCUGCAUUAGUGGCUCAGGGUGGCUCAAAGAAAUAUAGGUUGACUUGGAAAUGGUUACAGUAUUUCAAGAAUGAUCGAGAUCUGCGAGAUCUUGUAACCUGUGGAUCAGCUGCUGGAAUGGCCGUUUCCUUUCGUGCCCCAGUUGGCGGGCUGUUGUUUGCUUUUGAAGAAAUGGCAUCAUGGUGGAGAAGUGCCCUCCUAUGGAGAGCUUUUUUCACAACAGCUGUUGUUGCAAUUUUUCUUCGUGCUCUGAUUGAUGUUUGUUUUAAUGGAAAAUGUGGGCUAUUUGGUACUGGGGGUCUGAUAAUGUUUGAUGUCACUUCAGCAAGUACUACUUACCACAUUGAGGAUGUGCUGCCUGUUCUUCUUCUUGGAGUUGUAGGGGGUAUAUUGGGAGGUUUAUUCAAUUUUCUUUUAGAUAAUGUUCUCAAGUUAUACAGCCUAAUUAAUAAGAAAGGCGCCUUUUACAAAAUACUUCUUGCCUGUUCAAUCUCCAUUUUUACCUCCCUCCUUUUAUUUGGAUUACCAUGGCUUGCAUCUUGCCAACCUUGCCCAGCUGAUGCAACAGAACCUUGCCCUACUAUUGGCCGAUCUGGUAACUACAAGAAGUUUCAAUGUCGUCCUGGUCACUACAAUGAUCUUGCCAGCCUCAUUUUCAAUACAAAUGAUGACGCAAUCAAAAACCUAUUCAGCAAGAACACUGAUUCGGAGUUUCACUUAUCAUCAAUUUGUAUAUUCUUUGUCACCUGCUUUUUCCUCAGUAUCUUUAGUUAUGGAAUUGCAGUUCCUGCUGGUCUCUUUGUUCCUGUUAUCUUGAUUGGUGCAUCUUAUGGACGUCUUGUUGGAAUGCUAGUUGGUUCACACUCAAACCUUAAUCAUGGACUUUUUGCUGUUCUGGGUUCUGCUUCACUGCUUGGUGGAUCUAUGAGGAUGACAGUUUCCUUGUGUGUAAUUAUCCUAGAAUUGACCAAUAACUUAUUGCUUCUCCCCCUUGUAAUGCUGGUCCUUCUCGUUUCAAAGACUGUAGCUGAUGCAUUCAAUGGAAACAUUUAUGACCUUAUUAUGAAGUUGAAGGCAUUCCCUUACCUAGAAGCUCAUGCUGAGCCAUACAUGAGGCUGCUGACAGUUGGUGAUGUAGUCACAGGCCCACUUCAGGUAUUUCAUGCCAUUGAGAAGGUUAGUAACAUAGUACAUGUCCUCAGAACUACAAGGCAUAACGGGUUUCCAGUGAUAGAUGAUUCUCCUUUUUCUGAAACCCCAAUGCUAUUUGGUUUAGUCCUCCGUGCCCAUCUUCUAACGUUGCUAAAGAAAAAGGCUUUCCAGCCUACUCCUGUACGAAUUAGUGAUGAUGCAUUAGAGCAGUUCACAUCAGAGAAUUUUGCAAAGCAGGGUUUGGGUGAUGGGGACAAAAUAGAAGAUGUAGAUCUGACUGAGGAAGAUAUGGAGAUGUUCAUAGAUUUGCAUCCUUUUACUAACACUUCACCAUAUACUGUUGUGGAGACAAUGUCACUGGCAAAGGCUCUCAUACUUUUCCGGGAAGUUGGUUUAAGACACCUGCUGGUGGUCCCUAAAAUGUCUAAUGGACAACCGGUGGUGGGUAUAUUGACGAGACACGAUUUCAUGCCUGAAUAUAUCCUGGCUUGGCACCCUCUGCUGGUGAGAAGCAGAUGGAAAAGAUUAAGAAUCCAGCUUCCUCGAUGGGUUAAGUUCUUUUAGGCCGUCUUAUAAGUUA